UGGGAAACUAAAAUGUAUAUAUUGCACAACCAGCACCUUUUGCCUCACAUUUCAGUAGCACCAGUGCAAGCUACAGUGACACUGAACCUGCAGUUAUUACUUUGAUAGAAACUGAAGAUGACUUGGAAACAUUUCUCAGCCAAGUUAGGUCUGUACUGAACUUAGCAGAACCUUCAAAAACAUAUGUAAUAUCCGUGCAGAAUCUCAGACCCCUUGUUCAAAAGCUGGUCCAUCUGGAUUGUGAUUGUAGAAGCAUUCUUGCAAUGCUAGUAGCUAAUCCUGGUAUCCUGUCUGUGAAGAUGGACAAACUACUUAGUGACAUCGACCACCUUCACUUGUUGGGAUUGAACUGGAGACGGUUGAUGAAGGCCCUUGAUGGAAAUGCAUCUCUGUGGAAGGCAUCACUUCAGCAGCUACAGAGCAGGGUCAAGAAGCUGAGGAAGCUAGGCUUUGUGGAAGGACAACUGCAGAAGUUGAUUGCAGAUUGGCCAUAGAUACUGACCAUAUGUAGUGCUCAGUUGAAUGCAGUUAAGUUGCUGAUGGAGAAGUGCAGAUUUCCCAUAGCAGAAGUCUUGACCAUAUUAUCUGACAGUCCAGCAAUCCUGAAAGAAGACCUGGAGAGUAUCGAGCUUCGUUUCCAGUAUAGCUACUUCAGGAUGGGUAUCCAGAACAACUCAGACAUGACUCAAGCCAAGAUCUUCAAAUACUCCCUUGAUCACCUACGAUGCAGGCAUCUUAUCCUGGAGAGGCUUGGUCUGUAUGCUGCACCCAACAACAGAGGGCACUUUGCUAUGAAGAAUCCUAGUUUGUCAAGGCUCAUUGAAGGUUCACAGAGAAGGUGGCUAAGACCAGCGUGGAAGAGUAUGUAACAUUUACCAAGAUGCUCCUAGAGGAUAUUAGGUCAGUAGCCUUGGAUUAU